UCAAAAGGCGACGACUGCGUGUACAAAUUAGGCGAUUACGGGUUUGCCAAACGUCCAGAACGUAAUGUGCUCAUGGAGUCACCAUGUUGUACUCCUUAUUAUGCACCUCCUGAGGUGCUAUCCCGUGAAUUAUACGAUAAAUCCUGUGAUAUGUGGUCAUUAGGAGUGGCAAUGUAUAUAUUGUGA